CAAAUGCCAUUCUCGGCACCGAAACGUGUGCUCAAACCAAAAACCACACACUUUGCAAUGGCUACAGGAAUUCACUGCCGAAUUAUUCGACAUUGUUUGAGGAGAGUUCGGUGUGUGUGUGUUUUUUUUUCUUUUCGCAUUUUGGCAUACACCGAGUGAGAGAGAACCGACACUUGAAUGUGAUUAGAACACAUUCAAUAACUGUAAAAAUUUCGGCCGAAUUUUUUAGGCAAUGUACAUUUUCUCACACUGAACAUGAAUUCAGUACUUGUGCGACACUCAUUUCAACCAUAGAUCGUCUCAAUUUGAAUAUUUCAGCAUUUUAACCACCAUUCGUGGUCACAUCACAUUUUAUUGUUUCACUUUCAACGAGAACCGAGAUUGACGACAAGCCAGCAAAAUGCCGAUGAUUAUGGGCGAUUGGCAAUUAGAUAACUUUUAUCAAAAGGAAGUACGAUCAAACGAUAACAUUAUGUCAUCGCCAAAAAAUCUACAAGAUUGCUAUUUCUACUAUUAUUCGGUGUGCAGAAAGGGAACUAGCUGCCCGUAUCGACAUGAGCCAUCGGCAUUGGGUCACGAACGUGUCUGCCCCAAAUGGACGGAGAAUCAAUGCUUUCAACCAAAUUGCCCAGAUCGUCAUAUGGUCAUCGAGAAAGCACGAAAUCAAAUACAAUGUUAUUGGGAGAAUAAAGGAGGAUGCCGAAAACCACACUGUGUGUUCAAGCAUUUAAACUCGGUGCAGCCACCACCAAAUACAUCUGGCCUCAUGACAACCGUCAAUCCAAACGUUGUCGCCACCGCACUCAUUCAAAUGCAACAGCAUCAACGCUUGCAACAUCACAUACAACAGGCACAAACUAAUAACAACAGCCUGGAUCAAACGCUAAUCGACAAAUGAAAUUUACUUUUACUCUGCUAUCAUCCGUUGAAUGGCCAACAACAGCAACCAACAACGGAUCAACUCCAACAACAGAAUCGGCGUUCAACCGUCGCUGUCGCCAGUCGAACAUUAUCCGCAUUAAAUACAUCCAAUCUUAACCAUUUGGUCCAAUCACAACAACAACAGCAGCAACAGCAACAACAACAGCAACAGCAACAUCAAAAUCUUCAUUCGCAAAAUCCAUCAUUUUAUUUAUUCAACAAUCGAAACGCAUUUUUAAACUAACAUUCUUCCGAAUGAUCGAAUGGAAGUACACAGCAAAUACAUAAAACAACAUAUAAAACAACAGCAGCAACAACCAUAAAAGCAUGGAACUAGCGAUCAAUGUGUCGCUGUCACCAAAUCUACACAUGGAAUUCAAGUGGCUAGUACACAAUCGAAUCUGUACGCAACUCUCCCGGAGAGAAGAACAAAAGCAUUAAAACUAGAGAGAUAGAAGUAAAUGUUAUGAAAAUAGAUUGAAUAUUUCUCAUAAUAGGCCAAACAUGAGUUUCGUGGAGAUAGCAAGAGAGAAAGAGAUAAACACAAAACAACCCAAGAAUAAUAGUUUUCUUCGUUAUUUUUGUUAAUUUUUAAUUUUUCCUUUCUUGUAAACAUAAUGAAUUACCUAGGAAAUUAACGGAAUAGAAAAGAGAGAAACAAAAAAAAAAGAAAACUAACAAAAUGCGCGCGCGAAAAGACACUUUUCAAUUUGAAAAGUGAAUUUGAAUGAAAAUAAAAAAAAAACAAGUAAUAAUUAAUUGAAUUAAAUGCGAAUGCUAUUUAGCUUAAAAUUUAGGAAGUGAAGAUUAAAAACCGCAAACGACAACACAACACAACACAAAAAAUCAUCUAUUAGAUUUUACUAGAGAAAUAUUUAUGAUAUAAAAAAAAACAAAGAGAACAAGUGUUAAACACUUAAUCAAAAAUGAUGAAGAAAGAAGAAAAAAACAAAUCCACGUACAAAUUACUUCAUGACGGAGUAAAAGGGGCGCAACAUUGAAGCAAAAAAAAAAAAAUAUUGAAACAAAAUGAAAACAUGUUAGAAUGAGAAAUACAGAUACUUAAAAUACAAUAUUUUGGUAAAAGCAACAUGGAGAAUGAGAUAGAAAAAUGAACAGAGGACAUUGUAAUCACACUUACACACUCGAAAUCAUAAUAUUAUAUAUAAAUAUAUAGGUAUAUGAACUGAACUGAAUUUGCUGCUGAUGAUGAUGCUUUUAAGGAGAUAAAAAAAAAAACAACUAAAAACUAACAGAGAAAUAAAGAGAAACACAACAAAAAAUGAGAAAAUACUACACGUAAGCACAUUUACAAUUUUUAAGUAUCCACAUCGCUAACACAACAACAACAAAUAAAAC